AUGUCAGUUGAAGACUUGCAGGGCCGUCGGGCCACUGCUGUACUGCGGCGCAGCGACGCGCAGUCUGCCCUGGGCAUACUGCGGAAGAUGCAGCAGCGCCAGGCUGAGACGAACAUCUUCCACUACAGUGCUGGCAUCACGGCCUGCGAGAAAGCUUCAAGUUGGCCGUCGGCCUUGGACCUGCUGCGUGGCCUGCCUGUGCGAGCAGUGCGGGGCGAUGCGAUUGCAUCCAAUGCCGCUAUCAGUGCGUUGGCUAAGGGUGGCCAAUGGGCGUCAGCAUUGCAGCUGGUGGGGUCGGAAGCCGACACCAUCAGCUACAAUGCCACCAUCAGCGCCUGCAGCGUGAGUAGCUGGCAGCAUGCGCUCUUCUUGGCGCGGGGAAUGGGAGCAAACUCGGUCUCUAGCAGCACCAUCACGGCGAACAGCAUCAUCAACGUGCUGAGUUGGCGCAGGGCUUUGGACAUCUUGGCGGCUGUGCCCUGCAGUGCCAGGAGCCUGGUGACGUACAAUUCCACCAUCACUGCAUGCGAAGGGGCCGCUUUCUGCCCAGCUAUGCCUUACGCUGCACCAGCGAACGCUGACUGGCCCGUGGCGCUGUCUUUGCUUCAGUCCAUGUUCUUCCUACAAGCAGUGCCUGAUGUGGUCAGCUUUAACUCCGCCGUAAGUGCUUCAGAGAAGGGCUGCCAGUGGGAGCUGCCAUUGUACCUGCUGCGGAAGGGCCUGGACGUGGUUGGGUUCACCGGUGCCAUCAGCGGCUGCAGCCAGGCAGCAUACUGGGAGAUGGCGACGCUGCUGUUUUUUGCAAUGCCCGUGCAGCUUGUCGAGCCCAACAUGUUCAGCCGCAACGCUGUGGCUUGCCAAUGGCGCCUGGCGUCAGACCUCAGACGUGGAGGCAGCGCAGAUGUGGUGAGCUACAACGCGCUUUUGAGUUACCCUCGGCCCUGGACUUCUUCCAUGUGGCUCCUGGUAGCCAUGGCCCAGGCCUUGCUGCAGCCCAACUUGCUCACCUACAGCAGUGCUCUGCUGGCUUUGAAGGGCAGAUGGUGUCACGGGCUAAACAUCUUCAAGGACAUGGAGGGCCAUGUCCACCAAGACACCAUCAGCUUCAACUCAAUGCUGGGCGCCAGGCCCGCCUGGCAAGCGGCGUGGAGUCUGCUUGGCAGUCUUUCAGCGCAUCGGCUCUCUCCAACUGCGGUGAGCUACGGAUGUGCCAUCGGCACCUGCGAGGCUGCCGACACUGCCGCAUACUGGGAUGUAGUGGGCUCCCAGAUUUGCCCUCGAUGA